AUGUAGUGCUGGGCUGGCCCAGCAGGCAGGUCCCAAUCCCAGCCAGGCUCACGCCACAAGCCGCCUUCACCCGUCUCCACUGAGGACGAAGCAGUGAGAGGCUGCGUGGACUGCCACUCCCCCGAGUGGGCGAGCGAGCCUCCCAUUGGCCGAGGCGCGCCGAAGCCGAUCGACUUACCCGGCGCUCCCCGCCUUGUUGGCAAGAUGGCGGCGCUCAGGCGCUACGGGGAGAUGCUGCGGAGUGUCGUCGCAGCCGUCACCCCCCUCGCCCUGCGGGGUCGCAGCCGUCUCGGUCUGGCCACGCCUGGGGGCAAGAGCUCCUUCCUUCAACCAGCCAGGGAUUAUGCCAAGGCUGUCAAUAAAAAAAGGCAAGAAAUCCCCAGCCAUUUAGAUGACCUGUCUCCAAUGAUGUUGAAGAAAGAUUAUGCCAAGCUCCCGGUCAUGGACAAGGUGGAUGAUGUUGUGAGAAGGAUGCUGUCCCUGGAAAUGGCAAGCCAGAAGGAGAAAGUGCAAAUAAAGAGAGAGCAGCUGGCAGACAAAGUCCGUCUGUCCCCGGAUGACCACGACUCCUUGGAAGUUCGAGUUGCAUACUUGACGGCCAGGAUCUGCACGCUCCAGGAGCACUUCCAUCAGCAUCCCAAGGACAAGGUAAACCGUCGCCGGCUGCUGAUGGACAUUGACCGCCGGAAGGUGCUGCUGAAGCGCCUGCGGAACAGCCGCUACGAUGCCUUUGAGCGGACGUGCCAGCAGCUGGGCUUGGAGUACGUGCCCCCGCCAUUGCACAGCCGGCGUAUCACGCACCGCUGGGUGGCAAAGAAAGCCCUGUGCAUCAAGGUCUUCCAAGAGGUGCAGAAGCUGAAAGCCCAGGAGAGACUGAAGCAGAAGCAAGAGGGUGCCAGAGCAGCAACGGUGCAGGCACUGCAGACCGAAGGAAGCCCAGUCUAAGCAGACCCUACCCUGGGCCCGUGGCUCAUAUUGAGCAACAGAUCCUGAAGAGAACGCCCAAUAAAUGGUUGGACUGUG